AUGUCCUCACCUAGGAAACGAUCCAAAAACCAUUCUUCACAAGGAAGGAGUUUGACGGAACCGCAAUUACCGUUACAUAUAGCUUUAGCUUGGAUAAUCGAUCGCGUCUUCCCGUUGAACGACGACUGUCAACCUGUCCCGGUCUAUUCACAAGGAUUCAUAGCGAAUAUACUAAGGAUUAUAGCUCGAGAAGUCUUAGAGGUCGGAAGCAAACCAGGUACAUAUGUGUCACUUCGAGAUGAACUGGAUCCAAUAAUCAGAAAAGAGACUAAAGAGAUAUCGAAGAGGAACGAUAAGAAAAGAAACAGAGGUCAGAAAGUACAAGAGGAAUUUGAAGAUGUGGAGAAAUAUACAAGCUGGAUGUCGUCGUUUGGAGACAAGUUCUUGGAUGUAGCGGAAGGUUGUGCUUUUCUUGACAGACUUGAGAAAGAGUUGAGGGAUAGACUGAAUUAUUCCGACGAUGACGAACCGACCGAGUUCCCCGAGCCUAUUGAACGUCAUUCGCCUAUUGGUGUUUUCGCUCGAAACCUACUCAAUACCCUUCGAAAACUGUCAUUCGACGAGACAACUCAUCUAUCACGAGAGGUGGCCAAGUGGUGCGGGCACGAGACGGCGGGCCCUUCCAUACAUGCUGGAAUAUGGUCUCUGGAUCGGAGAUCAGGGAUGGAAGACUCGUUAGACAAACGAAUGAAAGCCAUGCAAGACUAUCAAGCCGCAAACUCUUCAGGUGAUUAUUCGAAUGCUCUUGCCUCAUUGAGACGUUUUUACGAUUAUCAAUUCCCAUCUUCUGGAAGAGGUCAACAUCAACAUGCUCUAUUGAAUAUCGCUAGCUUCCAUCAUUCUACAGGAGGGAUGGAGUCAGCUCAAGCGGCUAUCGAUGAAGCUAUCAGAGUCGCUCGAACAGCGGGAGAUAAACCUUGUCUUGAGUUUUGUCUGAGCCUGGCACAAAGAAUCAAUAUGGAAACUUCUUCUGUAGCCUAUACACCCUCCGAAACGAUACGUAUAAAUCAGAAGCCUGUCUCGACUAGUCGUUUACCUGAAGGUCAUUCUCCAAUGGAUCAGCUAUGGUCCAUCAAACCAGCUUUAGAUCUCGGUGAACCUGUACAUAUUGCUUUUCGUCGGAUCCAUUCUUCUCAAGGGAAGGAUAUCCCUACUGAACGUCCGAUAUCGGAUGAAGAACGUAGUAAACCUACAAAACAGUGGAGGACCGGUCAAAAGCUAGAUAUGGCAUCUUGGCAUGCUACUCAGGCUUCUUUAUGGUCCAUGCUAGGUUCUGGGACAUUAGCGGAUUUUCACGAAGAUUCAGCUUUGGGAGAUUUAAGUCCAUGGAACGACGGGAGAUUGACCGUAGUACUUUCUAAAGCUCAAAGAGCAGUGGAAAGAGCAGAAUAUGAUUCAGCUCUGUCGAUGUUACUCGACAUGUCUGUAAUACAAGGCAUGUCGAUCUCAUCGUAUCAUCGAUGGGCCAGAGUGGUAUGGAAAAUACUUGAAAGAAGGUGCAAGAUGCACGGAGAUCAAGAGUCUCUUUCCUAUCUAUCGUCUUUACAACCGCCUUCAACUGGCUCCCAAAGACAAGGUCCAGGUGGACCACAAAGGGAAAUAGGACAUCCAGAUCCAAUCCCCCUAUCAGAAGACCUGUCUCCGACCAAGGGAAUCAAAAUGAUCCAAGAACAUAUAAGAGGAUCACUAUUCAAGGCUCAAAAGCUUCAAUCAUCAGCUACGCCUUCUCAUCUGAUAUUACCACAUGUACUAUCUGCGACUCAAUUGUCUAGCGAAUUGGGUCUAUGGCAAACAUAUCGAUUUGGUACUGUAAUUCUUUGUGAAGUUUUAUUGAGCAUGGAAGGUAUGAGUAUGGCCGAGAAAGUCAUUAAAGAGAUUGAUAAUAUUUGGGAUCAAGUACUUGGAGGAGAUGAUUUCGAAUGUAUAGCAAGAGGUGAAAUGUGUUUAGGAAAAGCGAAACUCGAACUUGCGCUGGACAACGAGUCUGCGGAUCUACUAGAUCAAGCUGUCGUGCAUAUUCAACAGUCACUUGAAUUCUCGACUAAACUAGAAUAUCGUUCUCUGAUGCUCGAAUCAACUUCCCUCUUAACGCUGUUAGCUGAACUUCGUUCUGCACAAGAUGGUCAAUCCGGAGAACGGGAUAGUCUAGCUGAUAGAUAUAUGACAAUCAAGUCUGGUGACGGCAAUGUCGCAUUAAAGGAACAAGUCAAGCUAACAGGCGAAAUUGUGAAGAUGGUAGGCGUUAGAGUCGCUGAAGGAUGGAAGUGA